AUGACAACCAAGAGAGCCAUGGAAGACAGCCCAUGCUCUAGCAGUACUAGCAACAAGAGACGCCGAAAGAUGAUGAGCAAGCGCGUUCACUUUGCCGUCUUUGACGACGACGAUUCAAUUCCUCCCCACGAAACCAUCCACAUUGUCCCUCGUGUUUCCGAAAUGGAUGCUCCUUCGGUCUGGUAUUCCACCGAAGAGUUUCAUCACACGCGACGUUGCGACGCUCAUUGGAUUCGUUUCUACAACAAUUCCACUUCUAGCCAAGAAGAAGACUACAAACAACACUUGUUUCGUGUCUUGGGCACCGCUUGCGGGAAAAUGGAGCAAGACACUCACUCCAUCACUGAAUUGGCCGAUAGUCCACUGCGAGGAUUGGAACGGGAAAUGACACCCUGCUUUCGACUCCGCAAAAAACACAUUGUCCAAAAUGUUCUCACCAGUCAAAAGGCGCUGGUCGCAUGGAACAAACAACAGCAAUCAACUACUACUUGUAGUAGUGAUAAGGGCGCCGAGAUUUUGGCGUCGCACUAUCGCAAACUGGCGCUUCCCGCCUCGCGGUUUGCACGGUUAUUGGCACAAGGAGACGCACAGGUCGUUGCCUCAACAAUGUAA